AAGUAUAUUGUAUUGUGGGCUCUAGGCCCAGGGGCCCAGUUAGGUUACUUGUAUAGUACUUGUACUAUACACUUGUACUACACCUUUGUACUACACUUGUACUACACCUUUGUACUGCACCCUUGUACUACACAUAUAUGCCUCCUAUAUAAAGGCACUGAUGUAUACUCUUUUAUUCACAGAAUAGAAUACAAUUAUUCUAUAUUUCUAACAUGGUAUCAGAGCCACUGCUCUGACCUCUUUUUUUUUUCUUCUUAGCAGUCUUGUCUUCAUUAGUGUGACUUCCUUUUUCACUAAGCGCUUCCGCCAUCACAACUGCCGCUGUAGCCUCUUGCCGUUGAACCUCCGACGUCAUCCAGUCGUCAUCCCUGGGUUCCGGACCUGCAACCGCAGUCAUUAAGAAGUCUCACACUGCACAGACCACUGCCCCUUUGCAUCAUCGCUGCGAAUAUUGCUCCGAUUUCACUUUUGAAGGUACCACUGAGAUCGUCCAGCGCCGAUCUACACAUUCGUGGAUAUCUCGCCGCCAUCGGAGACCGCACGCGCCCCUCAAAGAUUCUGCAACGCCUCCACGCGCCUCCACGUGCCUUCACGCGCCCCCACGCGCCCCCACGCGCUGCCACAUCAGCACUAGCUCGUCAGGCCUCCACGCGCUGCCACGUCAGCCCUAGCUGCGUCAGCAUCCACUGAUCUGCUGACGUCAUCUCCAGUCGUUGACCGUUGACCAUUGACCGUUGACCGUUGACCAGCGUUGACCGUUGACUUUGACCGUUGACCGUCCAAUUGACUUUUUCCCCAGCCAGGUUCUCCUUACCUAGUUUUUCGUAUAGAUUUCAUUUCUGCAGUCGGUUUUGCAUAUUGCAUCCCUAAAUGGAUAAGAAGGAUGUUUUUCUUCCUCGCCCCAUCCAUACUGUAUUGGAGGGGACUAAAAAUUACUUAUCCUGGUCUCAAGCUACGCGCAGUUUUCUUAAGAGUCGCAUGCUCUGGCAUUAUUGUACUGGUGCAAUGACUAUUCCUGUCAAAGGAGCAAGUGAAGAAGAUGCUGUCUUUCUUAGUCGCAUGAUUGAAUGGGAUAGUCAUAACCACAUGAUCCUCACAUGGAUCCGGAACACUUCCAUUCCCUCUAUUUCCAACCUAUUGGGUAGCUUUGACGAUGCAAAAUCUGCAUGGGAUAUGUUGACCAAAAGGUACUCCACUACUCAUGGAUCCAUGAAAUAUCAGUUAGUGGUUGAAUUGCAUCAACUCAGGCAAGAACCGGGGCAAUCCAUCAAUGACUAUUAUGAUCAGCUUCGCUUCAUUUGGGACCAAAUUGACCUUUCUGAUCCAACUUGGGGAUGCUCCACAGAUGCUCAGCAAUAUGCUACCAUUAGAGAUGAAUUUCGCCUCUAUGAAUUCUUGAUGUCACUUCACAAGGACUUUGAGCCCAUUCGUGGUCAGCUGUUAAAUCGCAGUCCUGCUCCCUCUCUUGAUACUGCUGUGAAUGAGUUGGUUAGAGAAGAAGCUCGUCUUGCAACCCUUCAAGCCCAGAAUAAGCUCAAUAUUUUGGCUAUUACUCCAUCUACUCCACUCAUAGAGCAACCUCAGCAAUUAGGUGAUUUUUCUGGCUCUAGCAAUCGUCGCAAGCAAACCAACAAGAAGUUCUGCAACUAUUGCAAGCGUCCUGGCCACACCAUUGAGACUUGUUACCGUCGUAACAAAUCUACUGCUGCUGUUGCUAAUACUGCACCUACUCCGCCAACGGUUUCCACGUCCCAGUCUUCUGGAUCUACUAUCAACCUCUCUUCCACUGAACUACAGGAGAUCAUAGCUCAGGCUGUUCGUAUGGUUGGUAAUGCAUCUCUUUCCACUGCCUUAUCUGUUCUACCUGGAUCCGAGGACGGGGCAGGAGCUUGGGACCGGUCCUAGAGUUGGGCGUAUGUUUCCCGUGAACAAUCUUCAUCUUCCACCUGUUGCUCCUGUUUCUGUUGCUGCUGCAACAGCUGCAGUUUCUUCCUUACCUUCUCUUGCGCUUUGGCAUUCUCGUCUUGGUCAUGCACCAUCUUCUCGGGUACAACAGUUAGUGUCUAGAGGUCUGUUGGGUUCUGUGUCUAAAGACAAUUUUGAUUGCACUUCAUGUCAGUUAGGAAAACAACCAGCUUUGCCUUUCAAUAACAGUGACUCCAUUUCUAAAAGUAUUUUUGAGUUAAUUCAUUCUGAUGUUUGGGGACCUUCUCCUGUUGCUAGUAUUGGUGGAUCUCGAUAUUUUGUUGUUUUU